CCCCCCGUGAUGGCGGAGGACAGCGAGUCUGCAGCCAGCCAGCAGAGCCUCGAGCUGGACGACCAGGACACCUGCGGCAUCGACGGCGACAAUGAGGAGGAGACGGAGCACUCCAAGGGAAGUCCAGGAGGAGAAUUGGGAGCCAAAAAGAAGAAAAAGAAACAGAAGCGAAAAAAGGAAAAGCCAAACUCCGGAGGUACCAAAUCAGACUCUGCAUCUGACUCCCAGGAGAUUAAAAUUCAGCAGCCUUCAAAAAAUCCAGCCAUUCCAAUGCAGAAACUGCAAGAUAUUCAAAGAGCCAUGGAGCUGCUCUCGGCAUGUCAGGGCCCAGCAAAGAACAUUGAUGAGGCGACCAAACGUAAAUACCAGUUUUGGGAUACCCAGCCUGUACCAAAACUUAGUGAAGUUAUAACAUCGCAUGGUGCAAUUGAACCAGAUAAGGACAACAUCCGUCUAGAGCCAUAUUCUUUACCACAGGGUUUUACAUGGGACACUUUGGACCUGAGCAAUGCUGAAGUUCUAAAGGAGUUGUACAUGCUGCUAAAUGAAAACUAUGUAGAAGAUGAUGAUAACAUGUUUAGAUUUGACUAUUCGCCAGAAUUUCUUUUGUGGGCCCUGCGACCUCCAGGCUGGCUUCCACAAUGGCACUGUGGAGUCAGAGUUUCAUCCAAUAGAAAAUUGGUAGGGUUCAUAAGUGCUAUUCCUGCACACAUUCGAAUUUAUGAAAGUGAGAAGAAAAUGGUAGAAAUUAAUUUUCUGUGUGUCCAUAAAAAACUGAGAUCUAAGCGAGUCGCACCAGUACUGAUUCGUGAAAUAACCAGAAGAGUAAACUUGGAAGGGAUUUUUCAGGCAGUUUACACUGCAGGAGUGGUACUUCCUAAGCCUGUCGCAACAUGCAGGUAUUGGCAUCGAUCGUUGAACCCCAGAAAAUUGGUAGAGGUGAAAUUUUCUCAUUUGAGUAGAAAUAUGACUUUACAGAGAACGAUGAAGCUGUACAGACUUCCUGAUGCUACAAAAACAUCAGGUUUGAGACCUAUGGAGCAAAAAGAUAUUAAAGCAGUACAAGAAUUAAUUAACAAUUAUUUGAAGCAGUUUUAUCUCGCUCCUGUUAUGGAUGAAGAUGAAGUGGCCCAUUGGUUCCUGCCUCAGGAUCACAUUAUCGACACUUUUGUUGUAGAGAGUUCAAAUGGUAUUUUAACUGACUUUCUGAGUUUCUAUACAUUACCUUCCACGGUCAUGCACCAUCCUGUUCAUAAAAGCCUAAAAGCCGCCUAUUCCUUCUACAACGUUCAUACAGAGACUCCCCUCUUGGAUCUAAUGAAUGAUGCACUCAUUAUAGCAAAGAUGAAAGGAUUUGAUGUGUUCAAUGCACUAGACUUGAUGGAAAACAAAACAUUCCUGGAAAAACUGAAAUUUGGUAUUGGAGAUGGCAACUUGCAGUAUUACUUGUAUAACUGGAGGUGUCCUGGCAUGGAUUCUGAAAAGGUUGGUCUUGUAUUACAAUAAGGAGAAAGGACACUUGUAUUUAUAAUUCUUGGAAGUAAUCAUCUGGCCUGAUGGAAGCUCUUGAAGCAGGACAAUUCAAGAGGAGUAAAAGCACAAUGCCUGAUGAACUUUAAUCUGUUGAACCUUGGGGGGCAUGCAGGAGGGAGUGAAGAAAUCCAUGUGCAAACAGCCCUCCACACCUUCACCUCCGAAGGGGAAAAGCUCAUGAACCUUUUACUGUUUGUCGAUGAAAAGAAAUAAAGCACAUUUGUUUAAUUUUCAACGCUUAGCUCGCAUCUUGACAAAAGGGGUUCUUUUCUCCCUGCCCUCCCUCUCCUCAGCUCUGCGUAAAAGACUGUUUUUUGUACAACAACUCAAUGGCAGUGGUGGAAUAGAGUACAAAUUCUUUACUGUUAAUGUAACUGAACCUGCUGCAUUUCUAUUUAUUAAGUGGUAGUGUACGUUUAUCAAUGUAACAAAAUGAAGGAGCCAAUUUUGAAUAUUUCUGCUUAUUUCCAUUACAUGGAUGUCAUCGUUGAAAAGGAGAAAGUCUUGGGAGUAUGACUGUUUGUUAGGAAACAUGGAAAUCUUGGAUGUCUUUUGUAACUGUGGAGUGGUACAGAAAUGUGCUGGUUUGACUAGUGCAUUUGUUUCUCCAUAAGCAAUGCUGCCAAAUCAAUAAAAAUACAGAUUUGUACUUUGAUCUUCAGUAGAUCACUGACUUGACUCAAUAGUAUUGCACUGUUUAGUGCAGUUGUGUAUAUGUUGCCUGAAUCCUAUCACUAUUCAUUUAACAACUUUGAGAAAGGAAAAUGCUUUACUUUUUUGGUGGAAAGUUAAGAGCAGUCUGUAUAUAAAAUUAAGAAUAUUGGUAUUAUCAAGCUGUGUUAAGGAUGAAUGUGUUCAAUGCUAUUGCAAAAUUGCACAUAUUCCUUUUGUCUUUUUCCUUUUUUAAAAAAUGUCCAUAAAGUAUGUUUGUGUAAAAGUGUUACUAGCAGUAAUAGUAUGAUCCUUGAUUUUAGAGCAAAGGGAUUGCAUUGUCCCUUACGUAAGCAAAUGUAUACCCUUGCAUAACUAUGUGCAUCUCUCUCUAUCUCAGCCUUACUGAUCCACUGAGUUUAAAAUAUGCUGAAGCCUUUUCUACUUUGCAACAAAUACCUAUCCUCUGACAAUAGCUACCAAUGGAAAAAGCUGUAAAAGAGCGAAGGCUGUUAUCCCAAAUUGAUUUCUCAGUGGAUUUGUACAUGGCUCCUUAUGAAGGAGUCCAUGCUUCUCUAGAUAUAAAUUUAAUGUGGAUAUCCUAAUUAAAUCACUUGGUAGGGGAAGAGAUUAGGGUAUUUAGCAGUGCCCUGGAAAAUUUAAAACAUUGAUUCACCACAUGCAAGCAUACUGGAGAAAAACAUUGUUACAAUGCUUUAAACUUCUGAAAUUUGUGGGGAGAAAUAAAAGUGAGGAAGGACUCAAAACUGCAAUCUCCUCCUCCUUCACUAAAUAAGUGGGAACAGUCUGAAUAGUGGAGAACUUGCUGACUGAUGUCACCAAACAGUUCCAGACACUUUUAAAAAUAUUAUUCUUCACCCAUUCUGGAAAGGUCAGAUACAACACAUUGCUGGCAUGCCCAUGUGAUAACUUGAUCUUUCAUAACUCUAACCACAAACUACUUUAACCGCAAGCUCAGAUAAUAUAUACUGGUAAUUUUUACUUGACUAAAAAUAGUCAAUACAUAACACUAAGCCAGGGGGUUAGUGCAGCCCAGCAAAGCCUCAAACACUCCCACUUCACUGUGUUGGCAGGAAAAGGGCUUUUGUAGGGUUUGUUUUCUGUUUCCCCAAUUCCUUACUGCUAUGCAAGAACCAUGGUUUAAAGUGAAUUCUAGUUUAUCAAACAAGCCAGCUAGACAAACCAGGGUUUAUCGUUGCUUUCUUUUGCAACCAACAAGAGACAGCUUUAAGUGAAACUAAAGGCUGGGAGCAAACACAAGCCCCCCACUUCACUUGGUUUCACAGAGUCUUGUCCACAUAAUGUUAAACAAUUGUUUAGCAUUGUGGAUAAACACAGUAGUAACUUAGCUUGCAAUGCAUUAAGUUCUUAUAGCCAUUAUUGCCUAACUCCCUAUUGCUAUUAUUUAUAAUAUAGCAUAUUCUUGAAGGAACAUUAUUCUGAACAACUAUUUGCCCUACUAUUUUAACUGCUGACAGGCAAUUUUAGUAGUUAGCAUGUUAUUAAUCAGAAUAUGAUAGAACUUGGUUUAGGAAAUCUACAUCACAAAAUCUGCAAUGACAUUAUGACUUGCAACCAAAAUUUUGAACCAACAAACUAGAGAAAAUAUUCCUAUAUUAAAAGGUAAAUGCACCUAGGCUCAGUUCUGCAUGCAUUAUUUGACCACAACUGCAAGUGUCCAAUGGAGAAAAAUAUUAAAAGGGAAAACACUCUAAUUCCAAAUCUGCAGAUGUUUGCAAUUCCAGCAUUUUAACAGAU